CUAUGCAUUUUCAGAAAUGCAGUUUGAUUUAUGAACCUUUGACUUUAACUCUAUUUAUAAGAUCUAGGAAUAGCUCUACCAACUAAGAAACUGUCUUGGACAAUGCAGAUAUAUUUGCAGUCAAUGUUACUUCAUACAAUAACGUUGUAAAAUAUUAAAAAUCAUGGAGUAAUAGAUGAAAAAUAGUUACACUAAUGUGAAUGUCCUGUAACUGUAUGCAAUAUUGCAGAGGUUCUCAACUGACGGACGUCAGACCUUUUAACGGGUGCGGUGAGUGUUCUAAUAAUACAGUAAUUACAGUAAUCAUAAUAAUUUACAGAAAACUGUCCACAUAAGUUUAAAUGUGGAUUUUACAUUUUAUUUUUUUAUUUUACAGGAUAAUGAUACUUAAUAAAGCAGAGCCCCAAUCACAGGCGAUUUUGUGUUUAAGAAUCAGUGAUAGUUCAGUCCCUGUGGCAUUGCACUCUUGUUCAGCAGAUAAAAUGGAUCAGUUUGUGCGGCGUGAAAAAAGCGAUUUUACAGGUCUGAAAAAAACCAAACGUUUGGAAUAUGAAGAACGUUCUUUGGAAAUUGGAUUUACCUUAGUUGUCACUGCAGAUGAAACUUGUCCAAGUACAAAAAAUGGAGAACCCCUGCAAUAUUGUUUUUGUUCAACUUGAUAGUGUUCUAUGUUGUUUCCUACAGUUUGUGAGAAAACGACUAAUUUUAGCUUGUCGGAUAUUCGCCCCAACUGUUUAUCCACCAUGGUCAAGCUCUUCAGCAGCGUCACCCAGCUGUACAGCGCAAAUGCAAAAUGGCUAGAGGAAAGCGAAAGCCAGUUGUGCUUACAAUUAAAAAAAAAAAAGUUGGAAAUACUUUCACUUCUGGAAAAAGGGGUUACCAGGGAUAAAAUAGCGCAGUGACUGGUAUUAAAAAGCCUGCCUCAGAGAUUAAAAAGUUUGCAUUGGGUUCCAACAACAUUUGCUUGUCCGGUCUUAUAGCAAUGGCAUCUAAAAAUCAAACCUUCAAACAAACCCGCGUUCAAGACUUUUUUGCUCCAACACAGUAAUACCUCUGUUCGCAGGUACUGGAUGUUGGGGAGAGUCUGGUCAUGCCAGGAAUAGUAGACAGUCAUGUGCAUGUAAACGAGCCCGGGCGCACUGACUGGGAGGGCUACUGGACAGCCACACGAUCAGCAGCAUCCGGAGGAGUCACCACCAUUGUGGACAUGCCUCUCAACAGUAUCCCCCCUACAACUACCCUGCAGAACUUCAGGACCAAGCUAGAGGCUGCCUCUGGGAAGUGCUUCGUAGACACAGCAUUCUGGGGAGGGGUUGUCCCUGGCAACCAGUCAGAGCUGCGGCCCAUGAUCCGAGCAGGAAUCCCCGGGUUUAAGUGCUUCAUGAUCCACAGCGGAGUCGAGGAGUUCCCCCACGUGUCGGAGAGUGACCUGCAUGCAGCCAUGGCCCAGCUGCAAGGAACCGGGAGCGUUCUGCUGUUUCACGCUGAGACAGAGCUUGAGGAUCAGAGAAUUGAGAAUGAAGAUCCCUGUGAAUAUUCAGCCUUUCUGAAUUCUCGACCUGACAGCAUGGAGGUGGAGGCCAUUCAAACAGUCUCCCAGCUUUGCCUGCAGUACCAGGUCCAGUGCCACAUUGUCCACCUGUCCUCUGCCAAAGCGCUUGAUAUCGUGAAAGCUGCACGCAAGGCUGGAGCCCCACUGACAGUAGAAACCACUCACCACUAUCUGACCCUGUCUGCUGAACAUAUCCCCCCGGGGGCCACCCUCUUCAAGUGCUGCCCCCCUAUCCGCACACAAGACAAUCAGGAGAAGCUCUGGUCUGCACUAAGAGACGGCCAUAUCGAUCUGGUGGUCUCAGACCAUUCACCAUGCACUGCAGACCUGAAGAAACUGGAAACUGGGGACUUCAUGAAGGCAUGGGGUGGCAUUUCAUCACUACAGUUUGGGCUCCCUCUGUUCUGGACCUCUGCCCGAAAGAGGGGCUUCUCGAUACCGGAGGUGGUGAAAUUUCUGUGCCAGAAACCUGCAGAGCUCUGUCGCCUCGGCAACAGGAAGGGUUCCUUUCUUCCUGGCUUUGAUGCUGAUAUUGUCAUUUGGGAUCCAGAGAAGGAGUUUGAGGUAACAGAAGCGUGUAUUCAUCACAAAAACAAGCUUACCCCCUACCUCGGCUGCAGGCUGUAUGGAGAAGUGUUUGCUACUCUUGUCAGGGGGAAAAUUGUCUAUCUCAAGGGAAAGUUCUCCCCAAAUCCACUGGGAGAACUCCUUCUUGCACAGUAGAAGGAAUCUUCUACUGACAAACCCACAUUCAUUCAGUUUUGUGAUUUCAUCACAAUAAUUAUAUCACAGCUUUUAAUCUUCAAUGCAAAACCAGUUACUGUAAUACUGUCUUUGUUUCUUAUUAUUCUUAUUAUUUCUACUAGCAAACUAGCAAUGCCAAUAUUUUAAUUGUUUGCAAUUAUACCAAUGCACUUCAUCAACAUUUUUUAUUAAAAAGAAAUAACUGCU